AUGGCAGCAAACAACACCAAGCCCAAACUCAGCAAGUCCCAGGCAGCAGAGAUCGUUCAGAAACACUACAAGCUGACUCCCACCAAUCUUCGUUUUCUGCCCAGCUACGACGACCAGAACAUUUAUAUUGCAACUGUCGAAGGUGGCGAAUAUUUGCUCAAGAUAAUGAACACGGUUCACACAAGGGACCCAACCCUGAUAGAACUGCAGAGUUACGCAAUGAAUUUUCUUCACCAAAGUGGACUUCCUACCCAAACAACCCUGAAAACAACCACGGGACAGCUCAUGAUCCAGGAAGACAUUGAUUGUGGUUAUGGCUUACAGAAGUACCUGGUUCGCCUGUUGACUUAUUUGCCAGGAAUACCAAUUGCCGAGGUCCCACUCUCACCUGAGCUACUCUAUCAAGUAGGCCGAAUAGCAGCCACAAUGGACAACAUCCUCCAAAAGAUGGAACAUCCUCAGCUCAAUGUGCUGCAGAGGGAUGGGUUCAUAUGGAGUUUAUCAAAUAUUUGCCUUCUGGAGAAAUGGUUGAAUGUAUUAGAUGGAGACCCUCUUCUGGAGAUUGUGAAAUCUGUCCUCCAUCAGUUCAAGACCGCUGUGGCCCCAAAAUACUCCAGUUUCCGUGAGUGCCUUAUUCAUGGAGACUUCAAUGAUCUCAAUGUGCUGGUUCAAGAAAAUGAAAAAAAUGGCUACAAGAUAUCUGGUAUAAUAGACUUUGGGGACUUGAACUUCGGUUGCUAUGUCAAUGAGUUAGCCGUCACCAUCGCGUACAUGAUGCUGGAGCACCCUAACCCCUUAGAGGUGGGUGGACCUAUCCUAGCAGGCUGGGAAAGCAUUUUUCCUCUCAAUGCAGCUGAGAGAGACUGCCUCUUCUGGUUGGUCUUGUCACGCCUCUGCCAGUCAAUAGUGCUUGCUCGUGUGUCUGUGACUUUGCAGCCUGAAAAUGAAGAGUAUCUGAUGUGUUCAUCCAAGAAAGGCAUUCCACUUUUACGCAAACUCUUUGAAAUAGGAAAAGAACAAGUGGAAAAAGUGUGGGUCAAAAGUGCUGCGGAGUUCCGUGAUUCACAACCCUCCAGUUGA